AUGGUGUUACUUACGAUAACGCCCUCCAUCGUGGAGGCUCUGGCGAUCCAAGAAUCUCCGAAAUCAGAAGCUAACGAGCAAGAACCAUCAUUAGACGAGGCUGAAGUUGGAAAGCCCAUAUCCCAUGGUCAGAUUGUCAAUCUCUGGAAGAACCUCAAAGCGCAGGGCAACUCGUCCUACACCCUCGAACAGCUCCUCCGCGGCGCAUCCAUCUACAUCCCACCUCCACCUCCCAAGCCAGAACCCUCCCCUGAAUACAAAGCCCUCAUGGCUCGUCUACGCCGCGAAGAAGAAGCCCGCGCCUACGAACGAAUGAUCAACCCCGUCCCACACCUCGAAACCUUCCACAACCGCUUCCCCCACGCCGCCUCCGCAUUUGCCGAAGUCAACAAGCCCACAUCUGCCAGAGACACCGGCGACGAUGAUGAUGCAACGAUGAACGAGGUGCACCGACAGGUGACGCUCAUAAUCAACUUCCUCAUCAGCAUAGCAGGUGUGGCGGGCACGUUGUGGAUCGCGGCACGGUGGUGGAGUCUACCUUCAAGACUGUUCCUCACGUUGGGGGGGAGUAUACUUGUUGCUAUAGCAGAGGUUGUUGUGUAUUCAGCGUAUCAAUGGAGGAUGGAUGAGGGGAAGAAGCAGGAUCGCAAGGUGAGGGAGGUAAAGGAGGUUGUGGAGAGUUGGGUGGUGAGCAAGGAUGAUGCACAAGACGAGAAGACGGUGUUGAUUAAGGAGAAGGAAGCUGAUGAGAAUGAUACUGUUAGGAAAAGAAGGCCUGAACAAAAGGUCGAUAUAUGAUGGGGGAUUCAACACAUUUCUAGCAAGAAGCAUGUUUCGAGCAGUUGAAGCUGCUUGUUCCUC